AUGUCCCCCAUUAUCAUUGACGUCCGAAGACAGACAAAUGAACCUAAUUUGCUGCUUAUGAGCGAAGAAGAGGCCAAAAGGAGUAUUGUGGUCUCCAAAAUACCGGCGACAACUUCAGCUGAGUCGGUCCUCAUACAUUUCCAGAAGAAAGGAAAUGGCGGAGGAGAAGUCGAUCGUAUACACGUUUCCAAGGAUGGAACAGUCGUUAUCACUUUCGAAAAAAUCGAAGUCGUGGCAACAGUGUUGCAGGAGUCCCACACAAUUGAGGGAUCAUCACCUCAAUUAAAGGUUUGCCAGUUUGUUCCAGAUCAUCCUGUGGAGGUGUUUCAGAGGGUGAAGGCUCGUGUCGACUUCAGUAAGUUCAAUGUAUCGCUCGAGACAUCACACAACGCACUGAAAGUCAUGAAGAAUGACGCGAAAGUUGAAUGCAGUAGCAGGCCUAAUUCUAAGGAACAUUUUCUCGUUGGAACGUUCGACCAAAUUAACACCGCACACAAUCUCCUUCGAGACAUUUUGAAAGGAGGUUCCGAAGGACGUGUGGGGGUUAAAAACCACCAUGCCGAUCACAAGAUAAAUUUUUCAGAAACCUCUGAAAAAGAAGCCACCAAAAAUGAUUUCGACAGUUUCGAGGUGCAGCCUCUAGUCAUGAAGCUUUUACAUCGGGUUUAUGGGACCAGACUUAAAGAGAUAAAAGACAUACAUGGCGUAAAUAUUAUUUGGGAGGAAAAUGCUAAUCUAGUUCAUAUAUGCCCAGCCACAACAGUUAAUGAAACUUACCUUAAAGGAAGCGAGGAGUUCAUAAGUCUUUACCAGGACUUAUAUCAAAAGAUGCGCCGAGAGGAAAUUGAAUUAGAACUUUCCGAUAGCAGGGAACUUGCUACCGUGGAUAUUCGCUCUUUCGAAGCUGAAAAUAAUGUGGUUAUGGAGGUGAAAGAAAACAAGUUGGUCGUCUAUGCGGAGGAAACAAACAUUUCUGUUGCAGUGCAAGCCUUGAAAAAAACCCUUGGACUGCUGCCAGGUAACCGUAAAGGUACAAGGCGCGGUCUGAGAAAUACAAAGAGCAACAACAGUUUCCAGAAUAUACCCCCAGCACAAGUACUUACCCAAGAUCUGACGAAUGGAGUGAAGCUCUCCUUGUACCAAAGUGAUAUCACUGACGAAAUCGUGGACGUAAUUGUUAAUGCAGCCAAUGAAUGGCUUCAUCAUGGUGGUGGUGUGGCAGCAGCGAUAGUACGGAAAGGUGGCCGCAUAAUACAAGAAGAAUCCAAUGGAAUAAUGGCACAGAGAAGUAGGCAUCCAUUGAAUGUAGGCGCUGCCGUUCAUACAGGGGCCGGCAGCCUUCCUUGCAAAUUUGUAAUUCACACGGUUGGUCCAAGGUGGGAUAGCUUUGACAAAGAGAGAUGUGUUUCUCUUCUUCACCUUGCCUGCAUUAAAAGUCUCUGCCUUGCAGCACAAUUGGAGCUCUGUUCAAUUGCAUUACCGCCCAUCAGCUCUGGUAUUUUUGGCAUGCCAAAGGAUAUUUGCGCUCAAGUGAUGUUUGCAGCAAUGGAAGAAUUCAGCUUCAGCGUUGAAGCCGAAUUCAGUACUCUUCGUGAAAUUCGCAUCGUCAUUAUUGACGACGAAACAAUCAAUGUCUUUUACGAAGAGUUUUUGAAACGCUACACUUCUCAAGUGACUACUCAAACAAACACAGUACGCAACGAGGGAGAACCACAGAGUCCCUCCAACAUUAGCUCCAAUGUCAAAAAGCCGCCAUUGCCAUCAGAAAAAAAGAGCGAGGAUUCACACGAAGGCCAUGCGAAGGAAAAUAACGGGGCUAAAUUUCCACAGGGAGACCAACCAAGCAGGGGCAACAACCAUCAAUCUGGCCAGAUUUCGAAAGCCUUUGAAGAAGAUAACAAGAGUGAAUUACAUACCCCAACGGGCAUCGAAGCACUAAACAUGGAAAUUCCAACGCAUAGCGCUGACAAUGAACAAGGCUCAAAAACUCCAGAAAUUUCUAAAGAAGAAAGCGCAAACACCACAUCGAAACCAUCUAUGGGUAGAGGGAAAGGCCAUCUUGCAAUUCGUUUUCCGGAUAAACCAGGUGAAAAAGAAAAACCAAAGGCAGAGGCUGAUACCCGGAACAUUGAGCAUGACACCAACGUCGGUAACGAUAAUGCUAAUGCAUUUCCACCUGGUAUGGCUGUAGCGGAAGAAGGCAAACGUCUUGCUGAGGCAGUCAGAGAGGCAGUCAGUGAGGAUUCAAAUGCCAAUCAUCCUUCACCAACGGACAAAGAAACAGAUAAAGAGGUAGACGAGUCUGGAAACCAAACUUUUACUCCUAGAAAUCAAAGUGAGGAAGAAGAGCCACCUGCAAGACGCCCGAACUCAAAUCAAGAGGAAAUUCCUGGUUUUAAACUGAGUCACAAUGGUAGCAGGACAGACCCAAAUACAAAUAGCGACGGAUCCACUGAGGAAUCAUUGAGCGGUGGUAAACAACGCCAAAACGACGAGAAUACGCACACCCACAGACCUAAAGACGAACAGCGCGACGCAGAAAUGGAUAUGGAGGUUGAACAAUCAAUUUCUGACGAAAAACAAAAUGACGUAACCCAGCCACAAAAUGCAUCGGCAUCUGGGCAAUUUUCAGACAUCAGUGGUCGACAAACAAUACAAGAGAGGCGAGAUCCUGAGAGUGGUGAUAUCGACGCAUCUGGCAGACACGUUGGCCCAGAUCUGGGACCACUCCUCAAGAUGACCAAACAGCACGAGAUGAGCUCUCUAGACUGCGCCCUAUGUAUGAAUCAGCACCGAAAUCCUGUUUACGGAUAUCAAUGUGGUCAUUACUUUUGCAACUACUGUAUCGACUGUGUUGUUGAGAAGAAAGGUUUUUGUCCACAGUGUUCACUAGAGAAGCUGUUUCCUGGAAACCAGCCUGUUGGAUACAUGUCUUGGAGAACUGAGUCACGUCAUUUCCUACCAGGCUACGAGGAAUGUGGAACCAUUGUCCUAACCUUUAACUUUCAAGGAGGAAUUCAAGGUCCAGACCAUACUAAUCCAGGACAGCGUUUCAGUCAACUUUUCUGCGCGGCUUACCUUCCAAACAACCCCGCUGGAGUAGAGGUGUGUAACUUGUUGAAACGGGCAUUUAAUGGACGUCUGAUAUUUACUAUUGGAAGAAGUCCUACUACUGACGAGGAUAACAAGAUUGUGUUGAACGGCAUCGAACUGAAAACAAGUCCAACUGGUGGUCCAGCCAAGUGCGGUUAUCCAGAUCCAAGCUACCUUGAUCGAGUAAAGAAACAACUUGCUGACAAAGGCAUUAAAUCGCUGCAUCGUCAAACGAAACAUCCAGAACAAUCUGAAAAGUGUCGAAGUUUCUUCGAUGAUGUCAAAAAAGAAUUAGAAUGUUGUGUUUGCCAAGAACAAUUUGACGAGAACAACGAGCCCAAAAUACUCAAAUGUCUCCAUACUUUCUGUAAUUCGUGUCUGGAACGGUGGUUACGACAACAAGGUGGAAGGCAGUUGAGUUGUCCUACAUGCCGUCAAAUCACCGAAUGUCCCAACAACAACAUCAACAGCCUUCCACCAAAUCUAUUUUACAAGCAAAUGGUGGGAAUUGUUGAGGCUUACAGCGGAACGGGCCAAAAAGAUUCGCCACAGUGUGGAAGCUGCGAUGAAAGAAAUCCCCUUAAGUUUUACUGCUCAAAUUGCAAUUGCUUCCUCUGUGAAGAAUGCUCCAUGGCUCAUAAAAAAUUGAAAGUGUUUAGUGGCCAUCAAGUCAAAGAAAUUGGAAAUUUUGUGUCUAGCGACGCACAAGAUUACGCUCGGAAAAUGAACGUUUGUAAAGAACACAAAGAUCAAGUUAGAUUUUACUGCGAUCAGUGUGUGGCAUGCAUUUGUCGUGACUGCGCUAUCUUGGAACACCGAGAUCACAACUUUGUUUCCAUUGACAAAGGACUGGACAAGAAGAGAUCAGAAAUCGAGACCAAAAUGGGAGACGUUCUGGCAAAUGGCUCUAGACUUCGAAAGGAAAAAGAAUUCCUUAAAGCACAAAGGCUGAGAAUGAGCGAAAGCAUCGAAAAAGCGAAAGAAGAAGUGCAUCGAGUCGCCGAACGCAACAUAGCGUUAAUUCGACAACACGAAUCAAGCGUGACGGAACAACUCAUCAACCAAAAAGAUGUUUUUGAAGCUGAAUUUUCAAAUGCUGUAUUCCGAAUGGACGAAAGACUGACGGACGUAGAGAGCGGUUUGGAAUUUUGCGACGAGAUACUUAGACGAAAUAAUCUACCGGAGAUCUUAAACGUGGAAGAAAUACUUGAGCAACGAUUUAAGGAACUUUCAAAGCCUUCUGAUAUAAACAUGAAGUUAAAUUAUUCUGUAUUCAAGUAUGUUCCAAAUGAUUACACAUCCAUCAGUAAGUCUCCGGGAGAGCUGUUGAAAAGCAAAACGGUACCUUCGUUAUCAGAGGCAGAAGGUGAAGGACUGACUGAGGGAACUCAAGGCGAAGAUUGUGCUUUCAAAGUAAUAACAAAAGACCUACAAGGUAAAAACUCUCACAGUGAAAUAGAUGAAGUCUUUGUUGACAUUAAAUCGACCCAGACAGGAACAUCCUUAAAGGUCAACAUAAUAGACUCAAACGAUGGCUGCUACAAAGUAUCAUACCAACCUGAAACUGCUGGAGAUUUCGUCGUGUCUGUAAAUGUUGAUGGUGAAGCGAUCAAAAAGAGUCCAUUCCAGUUGAAAGUAAGAGAACAACCCACCCGACGAAAAAAACAUGGAAAGUCCACAGCAUCCACGGGUAACGGGACAAGGCAAGGACAGAGAAAUGCAAAAAGCAAAAAGAGUUCCCAGAAUAUACCCUCAGCACAAGUACUCAGCCAAGAUCUGAUGAAUGGAGUGAAGCUCUCCUUGUACCAAAGUGAUAUCACUGACGAAAUCGUGGACGUUAUUGUCAAUGCAGCUAAUGAGUGGCUUUCGCAUGGUGGUGGUGUAGCAGCAGCGAUAGUACGGAAAGGUGGUCGCAUAGUACAAGAGGAAUCCGAUGGAGUAAUGGCACAGAGAAGUAGACGUCCACUGAGAGUAGGCGACGCCGUUCAUACAGGGGCCGGCACCCUUCCUUGCAAAUUUGUAAUUCACACGGUUGGUCCAAGGUGGGAUGAUUUUGACAAAGACAGAGGCGUUUCUCUUCUUCGCCUUGCGUGCAUUAAAAGCCUCUGUCUUGCAGCACAAUUGGAGCUCUGUUCGAUUGCAUUACCGCCCAUCAGCUCUGGUAUUUUUGGCAUGCCAAAGGAUAUUUGUGCUCAAGUGAUGUUUGCAGCAGUGGAAGAAUUCAGCUGCAGCGUUGAAGCCGAAUUCAGUACUCUUCGUGAAAUUCGCAUUGUCAUUAUUGACGACGAAACAAUCAAUGUAUUUUACGAAGAGUUUUUGAAACGUUACACCUCUCAAGUGACGACUCAAACAAACGCAGAAAGCAACGAGGUAGAGCCACAUAGUCCCUCCAACAUUAGCUCCAAUGUCAACAAGCCUCCAUUGCCAUCAGAAAAAAGGAGCGAGGAUUCACAAGAAGCCCAUGCGAAGGAAAAUAACGAGGCUAAAUUUCCACAGAGAGACCACCCAAGCAAGGGCAACAACCAUCCAUCUGGCCAGAUUUCGAAAGCCUUUGAAGAAGAUAACAAGAGUGAAUUACUUACCUCAUUGGGCAUCGAAGCACCAAACAAGGAAACUCCAACGUAUGACGUUGACAGUGAACAAGGCUCAAAAACUCCAGAAAUUUCUAAAAAAGAAAGCGCAAACAACACAUCGAAACCGUCUAUGGGUAGAGGGAAAGGCCAUCAUGCAAUUCGUUUUCCGGAUAAACCAGGUAAAAAAGAAAAACCAAUGGCAGAAGCUAAUACCUGGAACAUUGAGCAUGACACCAACGUCGGUAACGAUAAUACUAAUGCAUUUUCAUCUGGUAUGGCUGUGACGGAAGAAGGCAAACGUCUUGCCGAUGUACACCUUACUGAAGCAGUCAGUGAGGAUUCAAAUGCCAAUCAUCCUUCAUCAAUGGAUAAAGAAACAGAUAAAGAGGUAAACGAGUCUGGAAACCAAACUUUAUCUCCUAGAAAUCAAAGUGAGGAAGAAGAGCCACCUGCAAGACGCCCGAACUCAAACAAAGAGGAAAUUUUCGUUGCUUUAGAUCCGGCAUCACUCCUCAAGAUGACUAAACAACCUAAGAUGAGCUAUCGAGACUGCGCCCUAUGUAUGAAUCAGCACCGAAAUCCUCUUUACGGAUGUCAAUGUGGUCAUUACUUUUGCAACAACUGCAUCAGCUGUGUUAUUGAGAAGAUAGGUUUUUGUCCACAGUGUUCACAAGAGAAGCUGUUUCCUGGAAACCAGCCUGUUGGAUACAUGUCUUGGAGAACUGAGUCACGUUAUUCGCUACCAGGCUACGAGGAGUGCGAAACUAUUGUUCUAGCCUUUAACUUUCAAGGAGGAAUUCAAGGUCCAGACCACACUAAUCCAGGGGAGCGUUACAGUGAACUUUUCUGCUCGGCUUACCUUCCAAAUAACCCCGCUGGAGUAGAGGUGUGUAACCUGUUGAGACGGGCAUUUAAUGGACGUCUGAUAUUUACUAUUGGAAGAAGUCCUACUACUGACGAGGAUAACAAGAUUGUGUUGAACGACAUCGAACUGAAAACAAGUCAAACUGGUGGUCCAACCAAGUGCGGUUAUCCAGAUCCAAGCUACCUUGAUCGAGUGAAGAAACAACUUGCUGACAAGGGCGUUACACCACUGCAUCGUCAAACUCUUGUUUAUAAUUAGUUCAGGGGAACGUCACAUGCUCUCAGUACUACCUAACUUGGUUUUGAGAUAUGAUUUUAAAUCGUAGACGAAGAUGUUGAAUAUUUUGCCUCGAGCUUAGGACAAAGAAAACUAAAUAGUUUCUUAUGAGGAUUCAAACCCAAGCCAUUUCCGGUUUUGCAAGCUUAGCUAAAGAGGACUUGAUUGUGAAUUACAAGAAAGAAGUUUUUGAUAAACAUUUUUGGAUUUUGUUAACACCAUCAAAAGUUUUAAUAGGUCAGUCAAGGUUUUGAUAAUGUAUUUCACCUGGCAGAAAGAAAAGUGAGAAAAACGAGUAGUUUUGAUGUCACGUGUGACAGAACAUUAGGUAUUGAUGCAAAUUUGUGCCGAUGUGCCAAUAGAGCCUCAAAUUAACCUUGAAGUCCUCUUUAGUGAUAAAAUGACGGUAUGCAGAUAUUCAAAUGUUCUAAAUUGAUCGUGAUACCAAUUUCUAGUUUGUAUCAGCUUACAGGGUUUUUGUAUUAGUAUUCUUUUUCAUAAAGGAUUCAGUAAGUUGGCGCCAGUACUUUAAAACUUAUCCUUUAAUUCUCAAUAUGUGCGCCUCAGUUACAAUAAUUAGUCUUGUUCCCUUUUGCAAAAUCAUAUUGUAAAUUUAAAUUGAUGAACGUAAUGAGCGAAAUUAUGUAUUUUUCAGCUCACUUAACUUUUUCACCAACAGUUUCUUUUUUAAUUUUAGUGGACGCACCUUGCUGGCAUAGCAAACUUACUUAAAUGUUUUAUCUCUUAUCACAGUAAAGUGUGGUUUGAACUGUAAACUAAACUAAAGGUUGAGUUUGUGCUUUGAGUCAGUACACUGCUCUGGGUUCCUGUAUGUACAUGUUAUGAGCCGCCUUUUGUGAACUUCUAAUUAAUUUAUAUUCGUUCUCUUUCUUGUGGUGUGCCAUAGCAGAUAGCAGAACUAUGAACCAUAACGAAACUCGA